CAACCUCGCCUAACAGUCUAAAUCAAUCAGUAGAUGGACUUGAAAAGUGUAAGCAACAUUCGAAAAAAAUCCGUGAAAUUCUAUUGUGCAGCCCACAAUAUGUGUGGCUGUUCGGUUUGCAUGAUAAUCGAACAUAAGGCGUGUGAUGUAGUGUAUAUUCCCCAAAAGGCUGCCGAGUUUGAAAGUAGCAAAGAUGUUAAAUCUUUUGAAGAAAAUUUACAGAAAUGCAGCUCUCAGAUCACAGCUUGCUUAUCGGAAAUAAGAAACAAUAUCGAUGCAAAACUUGAAUGUUUCAUAAUAAAUUUACUCUUGACGUACAAGAAUUUAGAGACUCUCUUAUCGAUCAUGUCAACCAACUCGCAGCGGAUAUUUGCGCCGAAUCAAACGAAUACAAAGACAAAAGUGUUCAAGAGCAAACAGAACUUACGAGCAAGGCUACAGUGGUGCAACGUAAUCUACAAUCCAUGGAAGAAUCAUUUAAAGCAGACAAGUGCCAACCAAACAAAUUGUUUGUAAAAUUUGAAAGCUUGAAAAAUGCCUUAGAGGAGAUGUCUACUACGACUCGUGACUUAAGAAAACAGAAUACAACAGAAAGAUACUUUUUUCGAAAGGACAGCCUUAUUGAGUCUGUUUUGGACAAAUGCAAGUCGAUUGGCUGUAUUCAAUUCAAAAAUGAUGAAUUAGAUGCAGGUAGCGACUUUAUUCCGGAGAACGCAAUGCCUGGAAAUGGAAAGCAGAGUCGCGGCUUAAAAGAUUUGACGCAAAGAGUAGAAUUCUUGCAAAUUGAUGAUGACUGCUUGAGAUAUACGCAUUUUGGCGACUCAAAUGGUAUAUUUAUUGGAAACACCAAAAUGACGACAAAAAGCUACUUUGAGUUGGAGAUACUACAUGAUAGAAAGGGCGGCUCUGUUGCAAUUGGUCUUGUGCCUGUUAACUAUCCAGUGCAACAGUUUCCUGGCUGGAAAAAAGGCUCAGUUGCGUAUCAUUCUGAUGAUGGUCGAAUUUUCAACGAAAAUAAAUACGGAGCGGCUAUUGCCCCUUGUAGUGAAUCUGAUAAGAUGGGUUGCGGAAUAUUAAGCAUGGAAAUGUUUUGUGUUAAUGUCUUCUUCACAAAGAAUGGACAAAAGAUCGGAGAAACAAAAUUACUAACAACGCAAGACCUUUACCCAGCUGUUGCACUUGACACCAACGGUCAAACAGUCAAAGUCAAUCUAGAUGCUCAAUCCCUAGUAUAGUAUCAAUGGAUAUGAACUGACAAUCAACCUCGACCUUUUGCGUUGAUUUUAAGGAGUUUGGUGACAAUUUUCUUAUUAGACAGACUUAAUAGUUCUUACAUCUCUAUAUCGACAAUAAUACAUGUUAAAUGAACUUCAAUAAAAUGACAACGCAUAAUUUCAUACGGAUUCCAUUUCCAUGUUUUACAAACAUUCCCUUUCGUUAUUGAUACUGACAUAUGAGUUUUUAAUUAACAGUAGGUGUGUGUUUUACAGCUCCUUUAGUGAAGUUCAAUGGAAAAGAAGAGACAGUUAUCUGUUUAUCAGGAUAUUUUCAGAUACCCCUGCCAUUAUGGAAGGGGAUAUCUGCCAGUGCAUGUCUCCUGCUAAAUUACAAUUUAAUGUAAUUUACUUUCAUAUGCUUCCUACAAACUGCAUAAUAUUCAAUUUAUAAGUAAUUUGUUUUUCGUGUAA